AUGGAACUAGAAAACAGAACAGCAGUCUCCAAAUUCCUCCUCCUGGGACUCUCAGAGAAGCCAGAGCAUCAGCCCCUGUUCUUUGGGGUUUUCCUCUCUGUGUACCUGGUCACCAUGUUUGGGAACCUGCUCAUCAUCCUGGCCAUCAGCUCUGACCCCCGCCUGCACACACUGUACUUCUUCCUCUCCAGCCUGUCCCUUGUUGAUGUCUUCUUGUCUUCCACCACCGUCCCCAAGAUGCUGGUGAACCUCCACACCCAGAACCGAACCAUCCCCUUUGCAGGCUGCCUUGUCCAGAUGUAUGCCUUCCACCUGUUCGGGACCAUGGACAGCUUCCUCCUGGCCGUCAUAGCCGUUGAGCAGUUUGUGGCCAUCGUCCACCCUUUGCGCUACUCUGUCAUCAUGAGCUCCUGUGCCUGUGGGCUGCUGCUGGGGGUGCCGUGGCUGAUCACCAACCUCCAGUCGCUGGUGCACACCUGCCUCAUGGCUCAACUGACCUUCUGUGCCAGCCCCCAAAUUGCCCACUUUUUCUGUGACCUCAUGCCCCUGCUGAUGAAGUAGGCCUGCUGGGACACACACACCAACAGACUCUUCAUCUUUGCUUUCGGCAUCAUCAUGAGCAUCAGCCCCUUUUCCUGCAUCCUUCUCUCCUACAUUUGCAUUUUCUGGGUGGUCCUUAAGAUCCCUUCUGCUCAAGGCAAGUGGAAACCUGCUUCCUCCACCUGUGGUUCGCACCUCACUGUGGUGUCUCUGUUCUACGGCACCAUCUUCGCUGCGUAUUUGCAGCCUGCGUCUCCCACCUCUUCCCAGAAGGACAAGGUGGCCACCUUGAUGUGCAGGGUGGUCAUCCCUAUGCUGAACCCCUUUAUCUACAGUCUCAGGAACAAGGACAUGAAGGCAGCCCUGAGGAAGCUCAUCUGCAAAGCAGCCUCCCCUCAGUCCUAG